AUGUCCUCCAUAUCGUCAUUGGAGACCAUCACGGCCGGCGAUGGGCCUCAGAAGUUGCAGACGCCAGUAAAGCAGACCUCAGUUCCAGCAGGAAAGCAGGUCCCACCCUCGCCGGCAGAAGAGGAUCUCUCGCGCGCGCAUGCUUGGCACGAAGACACAGAGUCCGAGGAGGCGCACGUCUCGCCGAAGCGCAAGGGGAAGGAGCGCAGUCCGUCGACCGACACAGAGGGCGAUGACGACGAGUUCGAGCGAUCGGGGUCUGGAAGCUCGUACCCGCCCAUGAACGAUGAGGAGGCAGAGACGCGACGGGUAGAAGAGGUGAGCGAUCACUUCCUGCGCGCUAUCCUCUGUCUGACGCGUGCUCGUGAGUCUGUCAACGGCAGUGCAGGGGAUCGGUCCUCGCUGGUGAGCGCCGUCGCCCGCCGUGCUUCGAUGCUCUUCUCCGGCUCUUCUACCCGCUCGCCGCCACGACCGCCGACCGGCGGCCCGUUGGGCAAUCAUCGUGCGCUUCAGUCGCGAGACUCGCUUGACGCCAGCCUGCCGCUCGACGACAUCGCCACGCCUACCCCCUCUCCGACCCUCAACGAGCACCGGCGCAGGCCCGACGACGACCCUUUCGCGGACCCCGCCCAGAACGGUCCGGUCAUGGAGCCCCUCGCGGAGGUGCCGGACGCAUCGACUGCUGCUGGUCCCACGCCCGACGGACCUGUGCUGUUGGCGCGUCGCGAAUCUACUCUGCGCCAUGCUCCGACGCCGAAGCCCCUAGAUCUCCCACCGCCGAGGACGCCGCCGCCAAUACACACACCGCCGACCCCGAUCACUCCCAUAAACGCCUCCAGUCGGUCUUCUGAAGUUGAGGAAGGACCAGUAAUAGCGACGCGCUGGUGGCACGAAUGGCUGUGUGGCUGUGGAGAGGGUCCAGAUCGCGGCGGGGACCAACAGGCCGGCCGUACCAAUCCCAAUGAGUAA